UUUGUAUCAGCGGUGCAAGUUAGCUUCAGUCCGUAUCUACUUUCCCUUGUCAGUCAGAAGUCGACCGUUUGAAAAUCCCUCUUCUCCAACUGCAACGAUUCUAUUCCAACACUGAAAGUGAAACUCAAUCGUCUUAUACUUUUAAUUCUGCUCGAAUUUCAACAAUGCCCACGAAAGCGCGGUCACAAGUCUCAUCGGAGCGUCAGAAAUGGGAUCAAAUCUUUGAAGGUGUAGUUGGUAUGCUUAAAACACAGCAACAACAGCUUGAAACACUUACUAAAGAAAAAAAGAUCCUCGGAGAUCGGAUCAAUACGCAAUAUGAACGAUGGGCCUCUGAUGUUCGUCUCUAUGAAGAUCACAUAUCUCAGAUGAGGACUGAUCUGGAAUCGAAAGAAAUGACGCGUUUGCUUGAGGCUGCUAAAGCCGAUAUGAUAGUAGGAUUGAAGCAAAGAGAAGCUUUUCUUUGCAAGUUGAAAUUAGAGGAAACAUCGGAUGAAUUGACUGAUUUCAGAAUCUGGUUUGACAUCCUCUGUAAAAAUUCAAAUGAUGUUUCUCUUAGGGACCCCAAAGGAACCAAAAAGGGAAUGUUGGGAGAUGAGGAUAUUGGUUCAAAGUCUGUUAAUUUGAAGACAUUGGAAGGCAAUUUAAGAAGGCUAAAGCUCAAAUACGAAAAUCUUGCUUCAGAAAAGAGUUGUCAAAUUGCUGCACUUAUGGCAGAGAAUAAGUUCGCAUGGAACCAGUUCAACAUUAUGGAAACUCAGUUUACAGAUAAGUUAAACAGCAAGAAUUUUGAACUUGACAAAGCUAACAGGAAAAUUGAGGCACUUAUUUCCAGUAUGGAGGAGCUGAGGUCAUCAAAUGCCGAAAAGGAUGAAAUGAUCCAGAUAUUAAAAUCCGAAUUAUCUCAAAAGGAGGCUGAUGCAAGUAGAUUUCAUGAAGUUUCUAAAAUGUCGAGGCAGGUAGAGUUCUUAAGGAAGCCUAGAAGUUCAUCUCAUACGCCUGUAAUAAAACAUUGUACAGCUAGGGAAGGAACUUCUGUUUUGGGAGAUGAGAAUGGCGGCCGCAGCAAAUGCAGCAUAACCAUGAAGAAAGGAAGCUCCGCUCCACAUGUUCAUGAUUCUCUGAAGGACAAUGGAAGGGGAAGCAGAAGCUCGAAGAGGAAAAAGGAUGAUGAAAUUCGUAUUUCUGAAACUCCAAAUCUAUUCACUUCUACGUUUAAAGUUCCCAGAUUGAGAGACUCCUCUCCCAAGUCAAGAUGAUCUUUCUUCUAAAUCUACUCAUCCAUUUGUAUCUUUUACCAAUGAUUGAAAUAGUGUUUGUGAUUGUGAAUUUGUAAAUUAGAAAUAAUUAACUAGGUGGUUUUGAAAGAUUAUAAUAAAAAUUGGUAUCCAAUUUGACCGUCCCUGUCUAUUUAGCGGGUGUUUUAAACUUUUGAAAGUAAAACUGAAACUGAUCGUUUCUUUAUUUGAAUGUCUGAAGAAAAGCAAACAUCAUCAUAGUCGGAAUACAAAGGAACGAACAGAGCAGAAAAUUUAGACACACACAGAUAGCCACACAGCAGUAUAUAACUAGGCAAAAGUUGUUGCCAUUCUCUAACUUCAUGCAGGUUUUCAUAUAUGGUAAUUGCCAACGCAUUUUAGGUCUCAUAGUUCUCAUCGAGACCCUCUUCCCCCUCGUACUCUUCCUCAUCUUCCACAGUUGCGUCCUGAUAUUGUUGAUACUCUGCAACCAAGUCAUUCAUGUUGCUCUCUGCUUCUGUGAACUCCAUCUCAUCCAUUCCCUCACCAGUAUACCAAUGCAGAAAGGCCUUGCGACGGAACAUUGCUGUGAAUUGCUCGCUCACCCUCCUAAACAUCUCCUGGAUUGACGUGGAGUUCCCUAUGAAAGUAGAUGACAUC